UCAGCGGCUGGAAGUAGGUCAGUGGAACCUGGGUUGCGACAUUGUAUCGGUGGCGGCCGGGAGCGGCGCUUUGAAGCCAGCGACAAGACAGUACACCUGCAGGCGGGAAUACCUGCCGGCACUCUUCCGUGCAAGAUUGUCCAAUGGCAGACCAAAAUAUGGACAUAACUUCAACAAUAAAUGAUUUUACCUCGACUGAUCCAAGUGGAUUGAUAUUGAGCUCCUUGGGCACAGCAGGCAUGGACUUUAACCGGAAACGCAAAGGAAGUUCCACAGAUUAUCAACUUGAUGGCUUUUCGUUUGAAGAUGGGAUGGACACUGACAAAGAGGACCAACACAGCAGGAUGGAAUGUACAGACCAACACGGACGAGUGAAAAAUGCCAGAGAGGCUCAUAGCCAGAUUGAAAAGCGGCGCCGGGAUAAGAUGAACAGUUUUAUUGAUGAGCUGGCGUCAAUGGUGCCAACAUGCAAUGCCAUGUCACGGAAACUGGACAAACUCACUGUGCUGAGGAUGGCCGUACAGCAUAUGAAGACCCUACGAGGAGCCACCAAUGCUUACACAGAGGCUAACUACAAACCAGCUUUUCUUUCAGAUGAUGAGCUGAAACAUCUUAUCCUCAGGGCAGCUGAUGGAUUUCUUUUUGUUGUGGGUUGCGACAGAGGAAAGAUACUUUUUGUAUCUGAAUCAGUUUUCAAAAUCCUCAACUACAGCCAGACGGAUCUGAUUGGUCAGAGCUUGUUUGACUACCUCCAUCCGAAGGACAUUGCCAAAGUCAAAGAGCAACUCUCCUCAUUCGACACAGCCCCGAGGGAGAGGCUUAUAGAUGCCAAAACUGGCUUGCCAGUUAAGACGGAUAUAACUCCAGGACCCUCCCGAUUGUGUUCGGGGGCAAGACGCUCAUUCUUCUGUCGGAUGAAAUGCAACAGGCCUUCGGUCAAGUUAGAGGACAAGGACUUUGCAUCAAACUGCUCCAAGAAGAAAGCUGAUCGCAAGAGUUUCUGCACCAUUCACAGUAGUGGCUACCUGAAGAGCUGGCCACCCACCAAGAUGGGAUUGGAUGAAGACAACGAGCCUGACAAUGAAGGCUGCAACUUAAGCUGCCUCGUUGCCAUUGGGCGAUUGCACCCUCACAUUGUCCCGCAGCCAAUCAGUGGAGAGAUCAGAGUAAAAUCAACGGAGUACGUUUCCCGACAUGCGAUAGAUGGGAAAUUUGUGUUCGUGGACCAAAGGGCAACGGUGAUUCUGGGAUAUUUGCCACAGGAGCUCCUUGGGACCUCAUGUUAUGAAUACUUCCAUCAAGAUGAUAUAGUACAUCUUGCAGAAUGCCACCGACAAGUAUUACAGAGUAGGGACAAGAUCACCACCAGCUGCUACAAGUUCAGAAUAAAGGAUGGCUCCUUCAUCACACUACGCAGUUACUGGUUCAGUUUCCUCAAUCCAUGGACCAAGGAAGUUGAAUAUCUAGUUUCAACAAACACAGUUGUUUUUGCCAGCUCUCUGGAUAGGGGCGAUACAGCCACUCUGCCUCUCUCAGGUUCCCCUUCGCACAUGGAUAAUAUGUUACAGACUGGAGAAGCCAGUUCAAAGCGUGCGCUCACCGCUGUUCCUGGCAUUCCUGGGGGGACCCGUGCUGGAGCUGGAAAAAUUGGUCGGAUGAUUGCUGAGGAAGUUAUGGAACUACAAAGGAUUAGAGGAUCCUCCCCUUCAAGCUGCAGUUCUAGCCCACUUAACAUCACCAGUACGCCACCUCCUGACACAUCAUCUCCAGGGGGAAAGAAGAUUCUGAAUGGUGGCACGUCAGACACGGCCAAUGCAGGAGUAUUGCCCGGGCAGGUGACAGACAGCACUGGUUAUCCAUACACUGAUGGCAGCUCUCUACUUAGUGGCAACGCUCACCUAGGCAUCGACAUGAUUGAGGAUCGUUCAUCUAGCAGUCCCAGCAAUGAUGAAGCAGCCAUGGCAGUGAUCAUGAGCCUUCUGGAGGCAGAUGCAGGGCUGGGUGGUCCGGUUGAUUUUAGCGACUUGCCGUGGCCCCUCUGAACAGUGUGUUACGUUGGCAGCCCAAGUAGUUUAUAUGAAGAAGACUGCGUUCAUGUAAACACUGAUGGAGCCACUCAUCGGGCUUAUUGCCAAUGUGUGUGUGUCUGCGUGUUGCUUUGACUUGCAUGUAGCUGAGACACGUGUGUGGAUCCCACAAAAAUGCCUCACCCCAAUCCAUUGCGUCUAUGAAGCAAGUUGCUAUGUUAACGUUGAAAUACUGGUGAGUUUAAGCUUGAUUUAAAAAACAAUUGAACAGAAGCACUUUCUGGAGCUUAACUUUGCAAUGUUUUUUUUAAUAAACACUAGAUUCCCAAUGUGUGUAAUCUUCUCUUCAAAACUAAUUGUUAAAAUUUGGUUUUUAUUCUUGCAUCGCUUUGUCCAAAGUAUAUAUACAUAUAUUUAUUGUAUUAGUUAUGAAAUGCAGUUUCAAAACUGCAGAGUUGAUCUUGUUUGCCAUUUGUACAGUUUUUUUUUACAGAAAUCACUUUGUACAGAGAGAAAUGCUGUCUUAAAACCUUAACCUAAGUUAAUAUAUUUGUAUAUACUAUGUAAACUGGAUUUGUACUGAUGUUCUGUCCCCUCUUAUCCCAUAAUAGACAAGACCUUGAUUUUAUGUACAUUAAAUUCAUUUUAAUUUAUUCCUUAAGCCAUAUUACCCCUGCUUGAAGUGUGUCUGCUAUUGCAUGACUUGUACCUCUUUAUCCAAUGCAUUGGGCGGUAUCCCACAGGAUUGUACACCUGCAUGCAAGUGCACAGCUUUACACUGCUUUUUAACUUUUUCAACGUAUUUUUAAAAAGCUAAGCAUCUAAUAAAGAAAACAGACCAUUUA